AGAGUAUACAAGUGCACAAAAACACAAAAAGUGAUGACUUUCCUCCCUUAUCCUUCACAUAAUUCCCUCUUUAUCACCCACAUAAAAUUCAUUGGUUUUCGACGCACAAGCUAAGAUGCAUCCGCAUUCAAAACUCAUGGCAGUUUCUCCACCUCAUAAUCCCACCUUACCACAUAAUCUAACAUUGUCUUAUCCUAAUCUUCCUGCAGGCUGCAGCAUGCACCUUUCUGGAAAACCAUCAUCUUUCUUUCAGAAAUCAAAUCACUUUUAACUUUACUUUUUGGAACUACAAAUUAGCCAAAAGUAAUGGCAGCCUCUGAGUCAAACACUAAACUCUUAGAGGAGCUAGAAGAACUCAGCCAAACCCUCUACCAGUCUCACAUUACUGCAACCAGAAGAACUGCAUCGCUUGUCCUCCCUCGGUCCUCAGCCCCCUCGGUACCUACUGCUGAUGAAGCUGACACGGCAGCAAAUGAAGACAGCAAGCCCAGUGUCAGGACAAGGGCCAGGAGAAUGUCCUUAUCUCCCUGGCGUUCUCGAGCCAAGGAGGAUCCUGCUGACGAAAAUGAGCAGCAGAAGAAAGAAAAAGAAAGUGAAGUUAAGCUAUUUGAUCAUGAGGAUACAUCAUCAACGGACAAGAAGGGUAUUUGGAAAUGGAAGCCAAUGCGAGCUCUGUCACAUAUUGGAAUGCAGAAACUAAGCUGCUUGUUUUCUGUGGAGGUUGUUACAGCUCAGGGUCUUCCAGCAUCCAUGAAUGGGCUAAGGCUCUCAGUUUGUGUGAGGAAGAAGGAGACAAAAGAUGGGGCAGUGAAUACUAUGCCUUCAAGAGUUUCCCAAGGAGCAGCUGAUUUUGAGGAGACCUUGUUUGUUAAAUGCCAUGUUUACUGGGCACAAGUUGGUGACAAACAACAGCUGAAAUUCGAACCAAGACCCUUUCUAAUUUAUCUUUUUGCAAUUGAUGCAGCAGAGCUCGAUUUUGGAAGAAGCUCGGUGGAUUUGAGCCGCCUUAUCCAGGAUUCUCUAGAGAAAAAUGCUGAAGGUUCCAGGAUACGACAGUGGGACACGAGUUUUGACCUUUCAGGAAAGGCAAAAGGUGGACAACUGUUGCUGAAAUUAGCAUUUCAGAUCAUGGAAAAAGAUGGAGGAACUGGAUUGUUCAGUCAGCUCGAGGGGGGAUUGAAGCCAGGAAAAGCAAAAGCCUCUUCAACAUUUGGACGGAAGCAAUCAAAAUCAUCAUUCAGCAUACCAAGUCCCAAGUUGUCGAGCCGUUCUGAAGUCUGGACUCCAUCUCGCACAGGAACUGCAGAUUUUCAAGGUAUUGAUGAUCUUAAUCUUGAUGAGCCUGCACCUGAACCUGAACCUCAGAAGCCAAAAGAAGAAGAGUCAGGUAUUGAGGAAGUUGAUCUUCCAGAUUUUGAAGUGGUGGACAAAGGAGUGGAAAUUCAGAACACUGAUGAAACCAAUGAAGAUGAAGAGCUUACUGAAAAAGCUGAAAUUGGGUCUUCAACAGGUGAAGUUGUAAAGGAAGUGGUACAUGAUCACGUUCACCUCACAAGAUUAACAGAGCUGGAUUCGAUAGCCCAGCAGAUUAAAGCUCUUGAAUCAAUGAUGGGUGAAGAAAAUGCGGACCAAUCUAAUGAAAAUGAAGAAGAAACAUAUGAUGCAGAAAAGCUUGAUGCUGAUGAAGAGAAUGUAACAAUGGAGUUCCUGCAGAUGCUUGAGGAUGAGGAAGCAGUUAAUGAUUAUAAACAGUUGCAGAAUAAAAUGCCUACUGCUUCUAAAACUAAGGAAACUGCUGAUGAUGCCGAGUCGAUAAGUGUUUUUCUACCAGAUCUUGGAAAGGGUUUGGGAUGUGUAGUUCAGACUAGAAAUGGAGGGUUCUUAACUGCGACAAAUCCUUUUAACAUCGAGGUAUCAAAGACUGACACUCCAAAGCUUGCAAUGCAGAUAUCUAGACCUUUUGUUAUAACUUCAGACAAAUCCAUCAACGGGUUUGAGAUAUUUCAGAGGAUGGCUGCUAUUGGGGUUGAGCAACUUAGCUCAGAAGUGCUAUCUUUGAUGCCCAUAGAAGAGCUGAUGGGAAAAACAGCAGAACAGGUAGCUUUUGAAGGCAUUGCAUCCACAAUUAUCAGUGGCAGAAAGAAAGAAGGUGCCAGUUCAAGUGCUGCUCGUACCCUUGCUACCAUUAAACAAAUUGCAAGCGCUUUGGGCACUGGCAGGAAAGAACGCAUCACAACAGGGCUUUGGAAUGUCAAUGAAGAUCCACUAACAGCUGAUGAAAUCCUGGCGUUCUCCAUGCAGAAGAUUGAGGCUAUGGCAAUUGACGCUCUAAAAAUACAGGCAGAGAUAGCUGAAGAAGAGGCUCCUUUUGAGGUUUCUCCACUUGGUGCGAGGGGACUAAUCAGCGGACAAAAAGACCAAAACCAUCCUCUUGCUUCGGCAGUUCCACUUGAUGAUUGGAUGAAAGAUAACAAGCUAGAAGAGUCAGAGACCAUCACACUAUUGAUGGUAGUUCAGCUGCGUGAUCCACUUAGGAGAUAUGAGGCUGUUGGUGGACCUGCUAUAGUAUUAAUUCACGCAACUCCUGAGGCAAAACAAGAGAAAAAUGAGCAGAUUAAAUUUAGAGUGGCUAGUUUGCAUGUUGGGGGAAUGAAAGUUCAAACAGGACAAAAGAAGAGUGCUUGGGAUACUGAAAAGCAGAGACUCACUGCUAUACAGUGGCUGAUAGCAUAUAACAUGGGAAAGGCAGCAAAAAAAGGCAAAUCUCCAAGCUCAAAGGGCCAGGAUCUAUUAUGGAGCAUUUCAUCAAGAAUAGUUGCGGAUAUGUGGCUCAAGUCGAUAAGAAAUCCAGAUGUAAAAUUCACAAAGUAAUAGUGGCAUUUUUCCUCUUUCGUGUACUUAAACCCUUGUUAAGCAUAUUAAUUUAUUUUUUCUACUACAUAUUAUAAGUUGCAUCAUAUUCAACCCACAGAAAAAAAGAAAAAAAAAAACACCACAUGUCAGCAAGCACAACAAAGUGGUGACUGUAUAUAUAAAUAAUGAAUUGAAUGUUUACUAGUCUCCAAAAGAAAAUGUAUCAGCUAGAUAACCUGAUUCACAUUGGAGCAGGAUAUUCUGUGAAUUAAGUACAUGUUCUUUUUAUUUUUCUAAGUACAUUACAAUCAAGUUUUGUUCAUCAA